CGUGCAUGUUUCGUCACCGCUGGUGUUCUCCCUUGGUUUCACCUUGACUCAAUCAACCUCUCUUAUCACUCCCCGAUUUGCAUAGCUCAAAUCUGUCUGUCUCGCCUCGUCUUGCCUUAUCUUCAGCCUGAAUAGGUCCCUUUUAUUAUCUGCUUCUCGAAUCACCCGACCCCUUGUUCCAGCUCCAAGUGACAUACUAUUAUGAUCCGCUAGCUACUCCCUGUCCGCAGAACAGAGCUUGUCUCAGGAUCCUAUAUAAGCAUUUGUGUCGCGCUCCCUUGCACUGGGUACCCUUUACUUGUGCUGCUUUGGCCACGCUUCCUCUUUGUCGUGAGUAUUCCCUCUUUGGCGAGUACUGCCUUUAUUCUCAUUCUGUAUUGCCCAGCUUACGUCUAAAGCAACCACCUAUACAUCACUCUCAGCACGUGAAAUUGGACAGGAAGGAUACGCCCAAAUCAUGGAUGACGAUACAAAGGGAGCCUCGCGUACUGCCCAAGGCCUCAAAUCCGACAAUAUCUCAACCGAUAGCGAGAUCAUCCUCACGCCUGAUCAUGAAUCUCCUUCUUCUCCGAACAACCCGCCUGCCGACUCCGCCCUUCUUGACACUCCAAUGCUGGGUGCUACGACGCCCAGAGGCUCGAUGCACUCGAGAAACCCGUCCUUUUCUGGUAGCAGUUCCAACCAUGAGGACUGGGAUGGCCUUCCACCUCUAGAUCGCCUAUCUGUGCUCGACCUUCUCGACAACUUUGCUCUUCCCCAGCAGCUCGAGAAGCUACAGAAGGGCAUCUCAGCGCAGACGGACAAGGUCAGGCGUUCCAGGGAGGCGAUCAAGACCAAGACACAAUCUGCUCGGGAUCGCAUGGUUGAGGAGUGGAGACGCCGGGUCCCUGAGGCUGAUGAACAGCUCGAUCGGUACCGCAAACAGAUGCAACGCCGUGUCGAUAAGCUCGGGAAACGAUGGAACGACACAAAGGUUAUCAGUGCCAGAGAAAAGGUGUCCUUUAUCUUUGGUGUUAUGAACAUCUUCGUCAGCGGAUACCUCAUUGGCGCAUACCCAGAGUACUUUCAUUUGUGGUACACCGUACAACUCUUGUAUUUCAUGCCGAUUCGAUUCUUCACAUAUCAUCGACGUGGCUACCACUACUUCCUCGCAGACCUCUGCUACUUCACCAACCUGCUACUGGCUCUCUCGAUAUGGAUCUUUCCCGGCUCGAAGCGUCUCUUUACCGCCUCAUACUGCCUGGCUUUUGGUAACAACGCAGUUGCCAUUAUCAUGUGGCGCAAUUCACUGGUCUUCCACAGUUUCGACAAAGUUACAUCGCUGUUCAUCCACAUCAUGCCAUGUGCGACUUUGCAUUGCAUCGUUCACCUGUUUUCGCCUGAUGAGCAGAAAGAACGCUUUCCUGCAAUUUGGACCAUCAAGAAUUCCCCUCCAGGCUCCCCAACAGCAUAUGCCAAUGUAGUCUCGAUGCUUGCUUGGAGUUCCCUCCCUUAUAUCUUCUGGCAAGUCUUGUACUACAUCUUCAUCACUGUGCGCCGAAGAGACAAGAUUGCUGCUGGUCGGCCAACCUCGUUUACUUGGCUCAAGAGAUCAUAUGCCAAAACCUGGCUGGGAAAGUUUGUCCUCCGACAACCAGAGCACAUGCAAGAAGCAACCUUCAUGAUGAUUCAGUAUUCAUAUGCUCUUCUGACUAUGCUCCCUUGCCCCUUAUGGUUCCUGAGCCGCUGGGCUUCUGCAGGCUUCCUUAUGGUGGUCUUUACUUGGAGUAUCUAUAAUGGCGCCACAUAUUAUAUCGAUGUAUUUGGGGUGCGCUUCCAGAAAGAGCUAGAGGCUAUGAAGGCCGAGGUGGCUCAAUGGCAAAAUUCUCCCGAAUACAUGCCACUAUCGCCUCCGCUAAAUCCCCGACCCGAUGCAUCCUCUGUCCCUCGCCAAGCUCAACAGGGAGCGGCUCCCUCAGCAUCUACUGGCCAGAUUCCGUCCAUGAAUGAAGUUAAUCGAGAGAAGGACUUGAUGGAGGGAACGUCUCUGUCUAAAGAUGAUGUGAAUCGGCCUGUUAGUGUGGACAAGAUCCCUCUUCUAGAUGAAACACGAAGCUCUUCUGCUACUGGAGUUGCUGGGAAUUCAGGUGACACAACACGAGGCAGGCGAACGCGCUGAACUUGGUCUAUAAAUUAAGGAGCAUACAUUCGUCCAUGCCUUUGUAGUGGCAUGGGGUAUGUGAUGAGAUCCUUACUUACCUUUUCCUAUCAUUGGUUUGUGAUAUUUAAGCAAUGCGAUGUUACUAACGUUCACUGAACCUUUACCUGUCAAUUAAUUCUCACUAAAAGACAAAAUACUACUUAUGGAUACCCCCCAAC